CUUAUGACAAUACUAAAUUUUAUGUUGGUUGCGAACAUUGUAGCAAUUGGUUCCACGGCGAUUGUGUUGGGGUGACCGAAGAAAUGAGUAAAACAAUGGAAGAGUAUGUGUGUCCUGAUUGUCGACGCGCAGAGGAAACACAAGAACUUUACUGCUUAUGUCGACAGCCCUAUGACAAUUCGCAGUUUUACAUUUGCUGUGACCGGUGUCAGGAUUGGUUUCAUGGGCGAUGUGUUGGAAUUCUACAAUCUGAAGCUGAUAACAUUGAUGAGUAUAUAUGUCCACACUGUCAAAAAAAAUUCUGUGAAUUUUGCAAACAUGAAAGAAUUAACACCCAAAGACUUUGAAAAUUUAAAGAGGCUUGUAAAACAAAUACAAUUACACAAAAAUGCUUGGCCUUUUAUGGAACCUGUAGAUCCAAGAGAGGCACCUACUUAUUACAAAGUUAUAAAGGAACCAAUGGAUCUGCAGACUGUGGAACGAAAAGUGAACGAACAAAUAUACAGUACGUUAAGUGAGUUUAUUGGUGAUAUGACUAAAAUAUUCGAUAAUUGUCGGUACUUUAAUCCAAAAGACUCGGAGUUUUAUAGAUGUGCGGAUGGUUUAGAAGCAUUUUUGCACAAAAAUUAAAUAUUUUCGUGAAAAGUUAUUUGAAAGUACGCAAUGAUGACAGUGCCAGUGGGAAAGUGUUGUAACAUUGAACAUUCACGCGGUUUGGUGCAGACUAUACCACUCUAAAAAAUAUAUUUC